GCUGAAGGACAGCAGGCAGUGAGUGAGCCUGGAACUCCUGGGUUUCCUCAAUAUUUUCGCUUUGAAACUUCUUUAUAUUUAUUUUGUCUGUCUCCCAGGACAGAGAAUGAGUCAGGACAACUUCCCCAAAAGUCUCAGUAAACAAGCUUUCCCAAGCUGGACCCCACCAACUGGCAACCUACAGAAGAUUCUGCAGGAGGGCGAAUUCAAUAUCUUAGGCGGAUCAGUGGUCUUUGAGAGCAACUUUGUCCAGGUGACUAGGAGGGGUGAAUAUGUUGGCAUCCAAAACCAUCCCAACGUCAUCACUUUGGGCAUUUUGGCCAGCAAUCCCAAACUGCUGCUUCCUGACCUGAUGAUCGUUGCCUGGGAAAAAGAAAACGAGACAUCCAAAGAACUGCAAAUAUCUCGGUUGAUCCCUCUGAGUCUAGUGGAUAUUUUCGUUCAUGACCUGAGCGAGCGACGCCUGAAAUUACAUUUGGUGACGGGGCAAAAAUACUACCUGCAGCUCUCUGCCCCCGAGGAUGAAGAGGACUUCCUUUUUGAACGUUGGAUUAGCCUCAUUUACCUGUUGCGUGUGGCCAGUGGCAAGAUCAGCACUCCAGUGAGCAUGACCCCAAGGGGCUCUGCACCUCGUGCUGAUGCCAAGCAGCACUGGCUCCCAGCCGUCAUGGUUCAAGAUUUUCAGCAGCUCAAGCAGCAUCCAAGCCAGGCCAGUUCCUCCUAUGAGAACCAAACCUUCACACCGAGUAUUUCCAUUGCUUCAAGGCAGAGUAUCCUAAAACCAGGGUCUGGAGGAUGCAGUUCUCAAGGAACACUUGGACUCUCCACCAAUGAGCCUGAACAGCAGUACACUUCCAGUGAAAAGACUCAGGCCUCUAGACCAAAGAAGCAAUCCAAGUCCAAAAGGGCUUCUGCCCGCUCUCCUACACGAUCCUGUGUCUCAACUGGUGUAGGGACUUCAGAACACAGUACACUGUCCGUGGGUGUUGGGCCUUCUCUGCCAUCUACCGUCUCAAGAGCAGCUGGUCCCUCCAAACCAGGUAGCCAGCUGAGUGCCGGAGGAAGCAGCCAGAGGAGGGAUGUUGGACAUGCCAGUGUCUCAAAAGUGAAGAAAGACCCCAGUGUCAAAACACCAGAAGAAUCUGAACCCACCGCUGUUAAAUUAGAAAGGAGCCAAAAAUUCUUAUCAUUGGUACAAGCCCAAAGUCUGUUACCAAAAGACAGCCAGGACCUCAGGGAAAAGCGCACCACAGAAUCCCAGAACAGAACUGCAGGUCGGUCAAACCCCCGCAGGCCUCCGUCACGAGAAGGCUCAGCCUCCCACAGCAUGUCAAGGGAGCAAAGUCAUCGUGUAGCUAAAGCUGAUUCUCCAAGAGCACCAUUAGCCACCAGUGCCCAAAGAUCAGUGGCUGUAGGCCCAUCAGAUGUGUAUGAUAGUUCAGUGGCCAGUGAACCUUCUGCUGCAGGUCCCAUGUUGGUGGCAGCUGGCCCAUCUGGAGCAACCUCAGUGGGGACCAAGGGCUCUGAUGUUAAAACCAAGCCUUCGGAAGCUGUGAAGGAGGUGGAGAAGGGAGCUGCAGAGACUGGAGACAGACUCUUAUCUAGAGAGCUGUCAGUAAAAUCUAAAGCUUCUGAGAAAUAUGGGACCUCUGCUGCUCCUCCUAAGCCAGAGACUCGGCCAACUUCUUUGAGCCCCACACCAGAGGGGCAGCGCUCUCGUUCUUGGAGCCCCAAAAGGAAAAGCAGCAGGGGGUCAAAAUUCCACAAGACAACAGUGUCAGCCGCAAUGGGGCCUUCCCAACCAGGUUUGAGGACUGUGGCUGUGGGGCCCUCCAAGAUGGUUAGCCCGGCUCAAACCAGGUCCCAAAGCCGAACAUCAGAAGCAGAUAAACGAAGUAAGCCGAAGGCAAGACCCGGCAGAGAGAAGAGAGGGGAGCCGAGCAGUGCCCUAGACAAAAAGGAAUCAACUGGGGACCAGGCGACCACGUCCAGAAGUAAACUGAAAUCGGCUAUGAGCUCAGCCAAAAAAAGAAGCAGCCUUACCUUCGUAACUAUCUAUUCCGCUUUGUCCUCAUCUAUGGAGAGAUUAAAGGACUCAAAAAACAAGGACGAAGCUAAGUUCGUCCUACAAGAUGAGAUCACAGAUGUGUCUUCCAAGUCAUCCAAGCAUGUGACAAUCUCAGGUGUGAUAGGUCCAUCAGGGAGAAACUUCUUGCCACACGAACUGAGAGAUUCUUCUGAACUCAGCGGAGCUGGCAUGUCCGGGAUGGAUGCAGGUUCCAAAACAGGAGCUAUGCUGGGGACAGAAGCAGAAAACCAACCAAUCCAGACAUUGACAGCUGCAAGAGGCUCUGAGGCAAAUGCCACUGCGGUAAAUGCAAGACCCUCCAAUAGAGGUGACACUUCUGGAGCAGCAGGACAAUCCCAGAAGCACAGCAGACCACCUGACAGAUCCCGUAUUUCUGUGAGGGCAGGUCCCUCACAGAAGCUCAGCACACAGGAUCCAAAAGACCCAAGCGUGAAAUCCCGUAUUUCUGAGGGAGCAGGUGGUCCCUCUGCAAUAGAAACCAAAUCUGUGGCUAUGGGGCGCUCAGGGAGAAUCACAGUUUCUGAAGCACCUGGUCCUUCUAUGCAGAGAUUAAAGACUGCAGAAUUUGAAGAAUUGACCACAAGAGCCCAGCAGCAGAGCAGGGAAGCUCACACAGAGUCUGGAGCUGUUUCCCACAAAUCCAAGUUUUCAAAGAUAUCUGGCCUUCUCGCCAAAUCCCGUAUUUCAGUGGGUGUGGGUCGCUCACUGAUUAAUACGGUUUCUAAAGCAGUUGGCUUCUCAAAGACAAGCAACACGCAAAAACCAAGCCUCUUAAAAUCUGGUGGGUGGCUAACAAAUGUGAAGAAGAAAGACAAGUCUGAAGGCAAGAGGAAGUCUCCUCAGAAAUCCAGAGCAGCUGAUGCCUCUCCUAGGCCCAGCAAUCGUCCAUCCAGAGCUGUGACUAGACCUCCCAGUCAGUCUGGCAGUCUUUCACCUGAAGACACAUCAGCCAGAAGGGGCAACUGAGCCAGUUUGAAAGGACUCUGUCUUGGUGUCUACAGCGUAUUUACUCCCAGCCUGAGUUGUGUAGUUAGCCAGUUUCCAAGUAGCCAGGAGUUGCAUCAGGAUUGAAAUAUGAGCAACUGAUUGCUACUGAUAUGCCAAGGAGCAAAGAUUAUUUUUUAAUUAUAUAAUUUUUAUUGGAAAAGUGAGUGUGUCUUAUUUCCUUUCCUGCCUUGACUGGGACGAGAUCUAGUCAGAAUACACAGAUUGUUGACAUGAGGAUCUUAUGCCUGUGACUGUGGACUAGAUGUUUGCCAUGCUGCAUCUCAUCUCUUCAGGUCAAGUGUGGCCCAUAGAACCCAGAAAUGGCAUCACCCACUGGCAGCAUUUGGCUGUGAGUCGAAUCAGGGCAGGGGAAGAGAGCAAGGAUUAAGUCCUAUGUGGCUUCAUUGCCUAGUGUUCAAAAGGUACCAGGAGGUACUUCCCAGAAUCCCAGCCUCUGAAGGUAAAGUCUCCCAGAUGGGAAUUGCCUCUAUUGGUGCUGCCUGCCUCCCCUCAGGCCAAACUCUCUGUCUCCCUAAGAGCCCGCACCCAAUAACUGGAGUCCUAGGCGACUGCCUAGGGAGAAAAGGAGCUCUUUGCAGCUUGCCUGCUGCUUCGAUUGCGGGCCAGCAGAACAAGCAGGAGAGACGGCGAAGAGGGCAAGUGGCUGAGAGGCUAUGGGGCUGGGCAGGGGGCAAUGGGGAGUCACAUGAGGUGCCUCUGGGGUGCCCCUCCAGGCAGUGGGGCCCCCAGACAACUGUCUCCCCUUGCCUUAUCAUUGUUAGCGCCUGGGGAGGACAUUUCCUAUUCUUCCAGGAAUGCCUUGCUGAAGACCUGAAAGUGGCCAUUCUAACAAAGAAUGUCAAAGGAAGGUUGCAGUACUAAACUUUAAUUUGAAUUUAUAACAGUGUUUGAUACUAUUGUCUGUGAUCUGAAUAAGAAACAAUUUCUACUACAUUACAAGAAUGAAUUAACACACAAACAUGGCUACCCCUCUAGAAAUGGUUACCUUUCCCUUGUGUGCCUGUAAGUCUGAGGGUGGGGCGGCCUGUGUCUCAUUUUUAAUUGAUACGAGGUGCUUUGAGUGACAAAAUUUGUUUGAAAAACAGGAUCUAAAUAAAUAAAUGAACAGAAUGUU